GUGGGUACCUCAGUAGUCACGGUUGGAGCUGUUGUUAUUUCAGCAGUUGCUGGUGCUGUGCUUUUAGUAGAUUCAGUUGUGGAUGUAGUAGUUGUAGUUAAAUCUGUUGUUAUGUUUGUAGUUGUUGGUGCUUCAUUGGUUGUUGUAGGUACUUCAGUAGUAAUAAUUGUCAGUGUUGUUCUUGUGGGUACCUCUGAAGUAGUGUCUAGAGUCGUUGUAGGUGAAGCAGUUGUUUCCAUAUUUGUUGGUGCUAUACUUGUAGUAGAUUCAGUUGCGGAUGCAGUAUUUGUAGGCAAAUCUGUUGUUAUAAUUGUUGUUGUUGGAGUUUCAUUGGUUGUGGACACUUCAGUGUUAACUGUUGUUGUUGCUAGAGCAGUUGUCUCAGCAGUUGUCUGUGUAGUGAUUGUAGUCAUUUCCACUGUGGAUACACUAGUCGUGGGAGUAUCUGUGAGUGUUGUAGUUGUGGGUACCUCAGUAGUCACGGCUGGAGCUGUUGUUAUUUCAGCAGUUGCUGGCGCUGUGCUCAUAGUAGAUAUGGUUGUGGAUGUAGUAGUUGUAGUUAAAUCUGUUGUUAUGUUCGUAGUUGUUGGUGCUGCACUGGUUGUUGUGAUUACUUCAGUUGUAACUAUUGUCGUGUCCAGAGAAGUUGUCUCCACAGUUGUCUGUGUUGGGAUUGUAGUAGGUGCCACUGUGGAUACACUGGUUGUGGGAAAUUCUGUUGUUAAUGUUAUAGUUGUGGGUGCCUCAGUGGUCAUGGCUGAAGUCAUUGUUAUUUCAGCAGUUGCUACUGCUGCACUUGUAGUAGGUUUGGUUGUGGAUGCCGUAGAUGUGGGUAAAUCUGCUGUUAGUAUUGUAGUUGUUGGUGCUUCAUUGAUUGUUGUGGGUACUUCAGUAGUAAUUGUUGUCAUUUCUAGAGCAGUUGUCUGAGCAGUUGUUUGUUUUGUGUUUGUACUAGACUCCACCGUGGACACACUGGUAGUGGGAAUAUCUGUUAUGAGUGUUGCAGUUGUGGGUACCUCAGUAGUAGUGUCUAGAUUUAUUGCUGUUGUUCCAGCAGUUGCUGGUGCUGUGUUUGGUGUCUCAACAAUUGUCUGUGUUGCAGUUGUAGUAGUUUCCACUGUGGAUACAUCAGUCAUGGGAAUAUCUGUGAGUGUUGAAGUUGUGGGUACCUCAGUAGUAGUUUCUAGAGUCAUUGUUGUUGGUGAAGCAGUUGUUUCCGCAGUUGUUGGUGCUCUGCUUGUAGUAAAUUCAGUUGUGGAUGCUGUAUUUGUAGGCAAAUUUGUUGUUAUAAUUGUUGUUGUUGGAGUUUCAUUGGUUGUGGACACUUCAGUGUUAACUGUUGUCGUUGCUAGAGCAGUUGUCUCAGCAAUUGUCUGUGUAGUGAUUGUAGUCAUUUCCACUGUGGAUACACUAGUCGUUGGAAUAUCUGUGAGUAUUGCAGUUGUGGGUACCUCAGUAGUCACAGCUGGAGCUGUUGUUAUUUCAGCAGUGUCUGGCGCUGUGCUCGUAGUAGAUUUAGUUGUGGAUGUAGUAGUUGUAGUUAAAUCUGUUGUUAUGUUUGUAGUUGUUGAUGCUUCAUUUCUUGUUGUGGGUACAUCAGUAGUAAAUAUUGUUGUGUCUAGAGAAGUUGUCUCCACAGUUGUCUGUUUUGUGAUUGUAGUAGACUCCACUGUGGAUACACUAGUUGUGAGAAUAUCUGAUGUUAAUGUUACAGUUGUGGGCACCUCAGUGGUCAUGGCUGGAGUUGUUGUUAUUUCGGCAGUUGCUGGUGCUGUACUUGUAGUAGGUUCGAUUGUGGAUGCAGUAGUUGUAGUUAAAUCUGUUGUUAGUAUUGUAGUUGUUGGUGCUUCUUUGGAUGUUGUGAGUGCUUCAGUAGUAAUUUCUAGAGCAGUUUUCUGGGCAGUUAUCUGUUGUGUGGUUAUACUAGGCUCCACCGUGGACACGCUGGUAGUGGGAAUAUCUGUUGUUAGUGUUGUACUUGAGGGUACCUCAGUAGUAGUUUCUAGAGUCGUUUUUGUUGGUGAAGCAGUUGUUUCCGCAGUUGUUGGUGCUGUACUUGUAGUAAAUUCAGUUGUGGAUGCUGUAUUUGUAGGCAAAUCUGUUGUUAUAAUUGUUGUUGUUGGAGUUUCAUUGGUUGUGGACACUUCAGUAUUAACUGUUGUCGUUGCUAGAGCAGUUGUCUCAACAAUUGUCUGUGUAGUGAUUGUCAUACUUUCCACUAUGGAUACACUAGUCGUGGGAAUAUCUGUGAGUGUUGUAGUUGUGGGUACCUCAGUAGUCAUGGCUGGAGCUGUUGUUUUUUCAGCAGUUUCUGGUGCUGUGCUUGUAGUAGAUUCAGUUGUGGAUGUAGCAAUUGUAGGCAAAUCUGUUGUUAUAAUUGUUGUUGUUGGAGUUUCAUUGGUUGUGGACACUUCAGUGUUAACUGUUGUCGUUGCUAGAGCAGUUGUCUCAGCAAUUGUCUGUGUAGUGAUUGUAGUCAUUUCCACUGUGGAUACACUAGUCGUGGGAAUAUCUGUGAGUGUUGUAGUUGUGGGUACCUCAGUAGUCAUGGCUGGAGCCGUUGUUUUCUCAGCAGUUGCUGGUGCUGUGCUUGUAGUAGAUUCAGUUGUGGAUGUAGCAAUUGUAGGCAAAUCUGUUGUUAUAAUUGUUGUUGUUGGAGUUUCAUUGGUUGUGGACACUUCAGUGUUAACUGUUGUCGUUGCUAGAGCAGUUGUCUCAGCAAUUGUCUGUGUAGUGAUUGUAGUCAUUUCCACUGUGGAUACACUAGUCGUGGGAAUAUCUGUGAGUGUUGUAGUUGUGGGUACCUCAGUGGUCACGGCUGGAGCCGUUGUUAUUUCAGCAGUUGCUGGUGCUGUGCUUGUAGUAGGUCCAGUUGUGGAUGUAGUAGUUGUAGUUAAAUCUGUUGUUAUGUUUGUAGUUGUUGGUGCUUCAUUGAUUGUUGUAGGUAUUUCAGUAGUAAUAAUUGUUAUUGUUGUUCUUGUGGGUACCUCUGAAGUAGUGUCUAGAGUUGUUGUAGGUGAAGCAGUUGUUUCCAUAGUUGUUGGUGCUGUGCUUGUAGUAGAUUCAGUUGUGGAUGUAGCAAUUGUAGGCAAAUCUGUUGUUAUGUUUGUAGUUGUUGGUGCUUCAUUGAUUGUUGUAGGUAUUUCAGUAGUAAUAAUUGUUAUUGUUGUUCUUGUGGGUACCUCUGAAGUAGUGUCUAGAGUUGUUGUAGGUGAAGCAGUUGUUUCCAUAGUUGUUGGUGCUAUACUUGUAGUAAAUUCAGUUGCGGAUGCAGUAUUUGUAGGCAAAUCUGUUGUUAUAAUUGUUGUUGUUGGAGUUUCAUUGGUUGUGGACACUUCAGUGUUAACUGUUGUCAUUGUUAGAGCAGUUGUCUCAGCAAUUGUCUGUGUGGUAAUUGUAGUCGUUUCCACCGUGGAUACACUAGUCGUGGGAAUAUCUGUGAGUGUUGCAGUUGUGGGUACCUCAGUAGUCACGGCUGGAGCCGUUGUUAUUUCAGCAGUUGCUGGCACUGUGCUUGUAGCAGAUUUGGUUGUGGAUGUAGUAGUUGUAGUUAAAUCUGUUGUUAUGUUUGUAGUUGUUGAUGCUUCAUUGCUUGUUGUGGGUACAUCAGUAGUAAAUAUUGUUGUGUCUAGAGAAGUUGUCUCCACAGUUGUCUGUGUUGUGAUUGUAGUAGACUCCACUGUGGAUACACUAGUUGUGAGAAUAUCUGAUGUUAAUGUUACAGUUGUGGGCACCUCAGUGGUCAUGGCUGGAGUUGUUGUUAUUUCGGCAGUUGCUGGUGCUGUACUUGUAGUAGGUUCGAUUGUGGAUGCAGUAGUUGUAGUUAAAUCUGUUGUUAUUAUUGUAGUUGUUGGUGCUUCUUUGGAUGUUGUGAGUGCUUCAGUAGUAAUUUCUAGAGCAGUUUUCUGGGCAGUUAUCUGUUGUGUGGUUAUACUAGGCUCCACCGUGGACACGCUGGUAGUGGGAAUAUCUGUUGUUAGUGUUGUACUUGAGGGUACCUCAGUAGUAGUUUCUAGAGUCGUUUUUGUUGGUGAAGCAGUUGUUUCCGCAGUUGUUGGUGCUGUACUUGUAGUAAAUUCAGCUGUGGAUGCUGUAUUUGUAGGCAAAUCUGUUGUUAUAAUUGUUGUUGUUGGAGUUUCAUUGGUUGUGGACACUUCAGUAUUAACUGUUGUCGUUGCUAGAGCAGUCGUCUCAGCAGUUGUCUGUGUAGUGAUUGUAGUCAUUUCCACUGUGGAUACACUAGUCGUGGGAAUAUCUGUGAGUGUUGUAGUUGUGGGUACCUCAGUAGUCACAGCUGGAGCCGUUGUUUUUUCAGCAGUUGCUGGUGCUGUGCUUGUAGUAGAUUCAGUUGUGGAUGUAGCAAUUGUAGGCAAAUCUGUUGUUAUAAUUGUUGUUGUUGGAGUUUCAUUGGUUGUGGACACUUCAGUGUUAACUGUUGUCGUUGCUAGAGCAGUUGUCUCAGCAAUUGUCUGUGUAGUGAUUGUAGUCAUUUCCACUGUGGAUACACUAGUCGUGGGAAUAUCUGUGAGUGUUGUAGUUGUGGGUACCUCAGUAGUCACGGCUGGAGCCGUUGUUAUUUCAGCAGUUUCUGGUGCUGUGCUUGUAGUAGGUUCAGUUGUGGAUGUAGUAGUUGUAGUUAAAUCUGUUGUUAUGUUUGUAGUUGUUGGUGCUUCAUUGGUUGUUGUAGGUAUUUCAGUAGUAAUAAUUGUUAUUGUUGUUCUUGUGGGUACCUCUGAAGUAGUGUCUAGAGUUGUUGUAGGUGAAGCAGUUGUUUCCAUAGUUGUUGGUGCUGUACUUGUAGUAAAUUCAGUUGUGGAUGUAGUAUUUGUAGGCAAAUCUGUUGUCAUAAUUGUUGUUGUUGGAGUUUCAUUGGUUGUGGACACUUCAGUGUUAACUGUUGUCGUUGUUAGAGCAGUUGUCUCAGCAUUUGUCUGUGUGGUGAUUGUAGUCGUUUCCACUGUGGAUACACUUGUCGUGGGAAUAUCUGUGAGUGUCGUAGUCGUGGGUACCUCAGUAGUCACGGCUGGAGCCGUUGUUAUUUCAGUAGUUGCUGGCUCUGUGCUUGUCGUAGAUUUAGUUGUGGAUGUAGUAGUUGUACUUAAAUCUGUUGUUAUGUUUGUAGUUGUUCGUGCUUCAUUGAUUGUUGUAGGUAUUUCAGUAGUAAUAAUUGUUAGUGUUGUACUUGUGGGUACCUCAGAAGUAGUGUCUAGAGUCAUUGUUCCAGGGGAAACAGUUGUUUCCGCAGUUGUUGGUGCUGUACUUGUAGUAGAUUCAGUUGUGGAUGCUGUAUUUGUAGGCAAAUCUGUUGUUAUAAUUGUUGCUGUUGGAGUUUCAUUGGUUGUGGACACUUCAGUGUUAACUGUUGUCGUUGUUAGAGCAGUUGUCUCAGCAAUUGUCUGUGUAGUGAUUGUCAUAGUUUCCACUAUGGAUACACUAGUCGUGGGAAUAUCUGUGAGUGUUGUAGUUGUGGGUACCUCAUUAGUCACGGCUGGGGCUGUUGUUUUUUCAGCAGUUGCUGGUGCUGUGCUUGUAGUAGAUUCAGUUGUGGAUGUAGUUGUUAUAGUUAAAUCUGUUGUCAUGUUUGUAGUUGUUGGUGCUUCACUGGUUGUUGUAGGUACUUCCGUCGUAAUAAUUGUUAGUGUUGUACUUGUGGGUACCUCAGUAGUAGUGUCUAGAAUCGUUGAUGUAGGUGAAGAACUUGUUUCCGCAGUUGUUUGUUCUGUGCUUGUGGUAGAUUCAGUUGUGGAUGCUGUAUUUGUAGGCAAAUCUGUUGUUAUAAUUGUUGUUGUUGGAGUUUCAUUGGUUGUGGACACUUCAAUGUUAACUGUUGUUGUUGCUAGAGCCAUUGUUGUUUGUGAAGCAAUUGUCUCAGAGGUUGUCUGUUCUGUAGUUGUAUUAGGCUCCGUUGUGGAUAUACUAGUAGUGAGAAUAUUUAAUGUCAGUAAAUACAAAGAUUAUUAUUGUGACACUUUUUUCAUUGCUCAAUAUGCAUUUCUAUCAUUAAUUAAGAAUAACUGAAUUGGUCACAUUGAUUCAACUGCAUUCAACCAAAGAUUUUAGAAAUUUAAAAUAUCUACUCACGCUUGGGCGUCUGUCCCCGUAA